UGUCGCUUGGCUGGGAGACCGACAAGACGUUCACCAUCUUUGGUGAAAGCGACAACGGAGGGAGUUGUCCUUCCACCUUCGGAGUUCUCAAUCACCCUUGGGGUUUUACCCUCCAUGACUGAGACACAGCUGUUUGUCGUUCCCAAGUCAAUACCGAUAACU